CUAUCAAAUAUUUGGCAGUUUGACACAAACCAUUGUUAUUAAUUGUCAUCAUACCUAUGUAUUAAACACAAUUUUAAUUUUUUGCAUAAGAAAUUAUUACUCAUAUAUUAUAAAUACCGUUCGUUUAAAUUCUUAUUUUUUAAAAUUUAUUAUUAUGACGUCGUCAUCAAAAAUAAAUCUUCGUGAUUCCAAUAAAAUAUUUUUAGUUGGACAUAUUUCGAAUCAAAUUAUAGGUAGUAAGUUACCUUCAAUAAAACAGGUGUUAAGUGUUCUCUUUUUUAACAUGCGUAAAGUAAAUUUAAAUUUACGCGACAGUGCUAAAUUAGUGAUCCGCGAAGUCAUUAUAUUUUGGGAAAAAGCACGUAUUCCCGUUAGAGAAGACUAUCACUUGUUGAAAAAAGUUGAGUCAUUAUAUAACGAGUGGAGAAAUUUACAAAAACAUUCGACUAGAAAAUCAGCAAAAGAUCGAAAAAAUGAAGAAAUUUUCGUUAAUAAGUUUAAUGAUAUUUUUGAUAUCGCUCAUGCUCGUGCCUUAGACAUAAUGAAAAUAGAAAGUGAUAAACAAUUUUUAAUUGCUCAAAGGACUAAAGGAAGACCCGGUUGUUUGUUGGGAAUAGAUAGGAAAAAUCAAAAACUUGAAGAAAGCAUUGAAAAAAAAUUGAAAAAUAAGUUGGAAAGAAAAAAAAGAGUAUAUGAAGACAUGGAAAUUUCAGAACGAGUUGUUAAUAGUGAGACUCUUGUUUUUUCAUCUGCAAGUAGUGAUUCUGAUGAAAUAGAAGAACACAAUUUUAACACAAUAUCAGAGGAAGAGGUUAUAGAACAACCAAAUUUAUUUCAAUUAAGAGGUAAAACUAAUUUUAUAACCGAUAAAAUGGCUGCAGCUCUUGAUAGGUGUAAGAUAAGCGAUCGAGAUGCGGUUCAUAUAUUAUUUGCAACUGCAGAAUCAUUCGGUAUUAAUAUAAAUGAAUUAAUAAUAAAUCGGACAUCAGUAAAUUCUAUUCGACAACGUUUUCGUAAAAAUAGAAUAGAAGCACUUCGAGUUAAUUUCAACCCAUCUCAAAUAGGUCCAUGUGUUGUUCAUUGGGAUGGUAAACUUCUUCCCUCAUUAUCCGAAAAAAAAUUGGUUGACCGCCUACCAAUAAUUGUAUCAUAUAAAGGCAUAGAGCAGUUGCUUGGUGUACCAGAACUUAUAUCUGGCACGGGGGAAAAUCAAGCAACAGCAGUGUAUCAGGCUCUUGAAAAUUGGGGUUUAAUCGAUAACGUACAAGCAUUAUGUUGUGAUACAACUGCAUCUAAUACCGGUCGACUAAAAGGUGCUGGUAUAUUACUAGAACAAAAGUUAGAACGUGAAAUUCUUUAUUUACCGUGCAGACACCAUAUACUUGAAGUUGUAUUAAGAAGUGCUUUUGAAAUAAAGAUUGAUAUUGCAUCUGCCCCAGAUGUACCGAUUUUUAAACGUUUUCAAAAAUGUUGGCCUAACAUUAAUGUUAAAAAUUUUCAUAUUGGAUUGGAAGAUACUUUUGUUUUUCAAUCAUUACAACAUUUAAAGGAAGAACUUUCAAUAUUUUGUAUAAAUCAAUUAAAACAAUAUCAACCCCGAGAUGACUAUAAGGAGCUGCUAGAAUUAACUAUUAUAUUUCUUGGUCAAACACCUCCAAAUGGUAUAUUUUUCAAAGUUCCUGGACCAAUACAUCACGCUCGAUGGAUGUCAAAAGCUAUUUAUUCUAUAAAAAUAUUUUUAUUUCGUAAUGAAUUUAAAUUAACUUUAAAAGAAAAUAAUGCUUUGCGUGACAUAUGUAUUUUUAUAAUUCGUAUAUAUAUAAAACAAUGGUUUUGUGCUAGAGCUGCUGCUCUAGCUCCAAACAUGGAUUUACAAUUUAUUAAAGAUAUAAUAUUGUAUGAGGUAAUUGAUGAACAAAUUUCUAAGUCAGCGUUAAAAAAAAUGUGUGGUCAUUUAUGGUACUUAACACCAGAAGCGACUUCAUUAGCAUUUUUUGAUGACAGAGUGUCAUCACAAACCAAAAUAAAAAUGGUUAAAGCUAUGCAGUCUCGUGAUAUCGAAUCAGAAGCCAACAAACGAAUAAUUUUAAAACCAAAUGAAAUAUACGAUUUUGCUAAUAAAGAUAUCAACGAUUUCAUAUCUAUCCAAUCUAGUAAUUUUUUUAAUAGAUUUGGUAUAACGAUGGACUUUUUAGAUUUAGAUCCCAAAUUGUGGAAUGAAAAUGACCAGUACAAAAAAAGUAAAGAAUUGGUAAAUAAUAUAAAUGUAGUAAAUGAUAUUGCGGAGAGAGGAGUUAAGUUGAUUGAAGAUUAUUUAUUUAUUUAUUUAUUUAUUUAUUUAUUACAAUACGGGACGAACCCUUUAAUACAUGAAUAUAAUAUAAUAAUACAGUUUUAGUAGCUUAUGGAAACGUGGCUCAAUAUCAGAGAGAGAAUGAAGGGUCAGUGUUGGCAAUGCGCAUAAGACGAAUGAUCGGCGAGUUAAGAUAGUAGUUAGAGGAAGAGAAAGGUAUAUGAAAUGGAACAAAUGAUCGUGUACAGCGAGAGGGGACAUUAAAUGAGACUUACAUAACAAGCUAUUAACCAAAAACGAAGAUCAGAAGCAAUAUUUACUGCAAGUAGUCAACGAGUAUCGUCAGAAAUUUCCAGAUUGUAAAAAAAGCACUUUAUCCAAGAACUAUUAAAUUAUCAUAAAUAUCACCAACCA